ACUCGCCCUCCUUCAGAUUUGACGGUCUUAAUUUCUUAUACCAUCAAACCAUCUCUGUCUUUGCCCUCUUCGGAAUGAUGAGGUAUGCUGCCAAAGGAUGAUAUUCGACUAGGCAUGGUCAAACCUGUCGAAUGUAGUUACAUCGAAAUGUUCUCGUAGGGGAUCGUCAGGUAUUUAGGGGUUUUUUUGUAGCAAUCCUAUCGUAUGGUAGCGAAGCUGGAUUCACCGCCCAGCCAAUGUCACCCACCAUAAUAGGCUCCCCUGUAUAAUUCUAGUUAGACUCAUUAUUGAUGCCGUCAGCAAGAGUCUUUGAAAACAUUAAUCUUCCUCCGGCCAUUUUCGCAGAUUUCCUUAGCGUCUGACUUGUUCAUUCAUUACUUCUACUCGUCGGAAGAGAGUGUUGUCAGUAUCGCUCGGGUUUCUAGUUAAUCAUGUCGUCGUCGACGCCGAUUACGAUACAGGCGGCCGAGGGCGUUGGCAUCACAUUAAUUGUCUUAGCCACAGCGCUUGUUAGCGCUCGGUGCUUUACCAAUUAUAGCGCAACGAACGGCAAACUGACCACCGACGACUACACUUCCAUCGUCGGGUUGUGCUUUUUGAUCGCGACAUUUGCAGUUAAUGAUGUCCUCACACGGAUACUCACGGGACCUGUUGAAUCCAUUGAUUUGGUAUAUCUUCAGAAGCUAUCCGUCGUGAUUAUCAUCUUGGUCCAAGCUACAUUAUGGUUUUCGAAAGCGCCCAUUCUUUUCCUCUAUCUCAAACUUUUCGGCAUCCACCGCUGGCUUCGGUACAUAUCAUGGUUGACUCUACUUAUUUCCGCGAUGGUGUAUAUCGCCGGCUUGAUUUUCACGCUCGUGCGAUGCCCUAUCGACCCCAGUAACGCCACAUUCCCCGCGUACCAAGUUUGCGCCCACUCAAACACACUGACCGGUGUGAUCUCCGGCUUUGUUUCGGUGGUUGUUGACGGAAUUAUGUUCUCACUGCCAAUUCCUAUUAUUAUUGGCCUCAACCUCAAAUUAUCUAAGAAGAUUGGUCUGGGUCUGACAUUCUUCUCCGGUAUUCUGGGUAUUGUUGCUUCAGUGGUUGCUCUGUACUACAAGUGGCAAGCUCUAUACGGAAAUGGUACCCAAUUUAUCGUGCCAGUUUUCUGUUUCACUAUUGAAGGUGCAGUGGCCAUUCUAGUAGGAUGCGCCCCCGCGGUCAAAACUUUCUGGAGUCGUUACGUUUCGCGUUCGAAAGCGGAUAAGAGCCAGGGCUCCGCAUCUUCAUAUUCAUUCCGCGGUGGGAGCAGCAGUUACAAGGCCGGUAGAGUUCCGCGCAGCACCACCUGGGAAGGCAGUGAUGAGCACAUCAACCGGGCCACCCCCAGCUCCUACAUCAGGAUGGAGACCCCUCAAGGCCGAUAAGCGGCCUUUGUUACGAUAUUUAUGAUUAAUUAGCAACAUGUAUUAUAACUUGGAAAAUACCCAUCGAAUAUAGGAAGCGUACUGGAACAUAUGGAAUGUAUUCUGCUUCCUCAUGAGCGUCAUAAGCAAUACAAACUAGUUAAAAGCACCUGAGAAGAAAUAGGGUCGUCUAUUUGCAUGGUUGCAUUAGUUUCUUUGCGGUAAAUUUUUGAAGAUCUUUAAUUUAACGCGAAGAGGCAUCUCAUAACAGAAAAGCUAGCGACUCAAGUCCCAUAAGAAUUUCGCCCCUCUCGUAUAUCCAUGGUAUGUAUAUACG